AAUAAUCUGUGUGUCAGUGUGUGUGUGUGUGUGUGUGUGUGUGUGUGUGUAGACAUUGCAGUGCAGAUUUCCUGCUCCCCACCCCUCUCCUCAACUGAACUGAACUGUUCUUUAUUGUGCAUUGCCGUGUGACCUUACAGGCAGAUGAUGUGUGAGUGGUGUUGAUAGGGUUCAGCUCCUGUGGUGAUAGUGUAGAAAUGGAAGAAGAUCAAGUGCCAAACAAGGAUUUAUCUCAAGUCACAGAUGUGAAGAAGGUGCCUCAUAAAUCUGAAACCAAGCGAUACAGUGAGAUCUUCAGAGACUUUGAUAAUCUUGAUUUAUCUUUUGCAGGGGAGGAUCUGCUGGCAGACAUUGACUCACAGUCCAUCACAGAGUCCACCUUCACAGGAAGCGGAGAUCUCACAGAGCCACAGGAAGUGUCUAUUCGUGCUGAGGCCAAUGACGAGGAUGGAAACCAACCAGCCCAGGACGCAGACCUGGCUCUUUGUCGGUGUGACAAUGGAGUGGAGACGGCGCUGCAGUACACCAAGAUGUGGUGCCGCUACGCCAAAGACCUCCUGGCCUGGAUGGAGAAGAGAAUCGGCUUGGAACAAGAAUUUUCAAAAAAUGUAAUUAAGACAGCUGAAGGAGCAAAAGCCAACGUGGGGCAGCAGGAAAUGAUGCCCCUGCAGUACAUCUACACAAUGGCGCUAGAGCAAGACAUCAAGAACAGUGUGGCUUCUAGAAAGACGUCAGAACAGAUACACCACCGCUGUCACCAGGCCUUGGCUGCCAAGAAGAAUGAGAUCGACAAGUGGCGCAGAGAGUUUAAGGAGCAGUGGGCAAGAGAACAAAGGAGGAUGAACGAAGUAGUGACGGCUUUUAAAAAGGCUCGUCAGCAGUACUUCCAGCGCUGUGAUGAGCUGGAAAAGGCUAAAGCAGUCUCUGCUAAAGCUGUAGACGACACAGCUGGAACCAAAACACUGGAUAAGAGGCGGAAGUCCAAGGAUGAUGCCAAGACUAAGGUGAUGGAGGCAGAGCUUCUGUACAGACAGUGUAUGACUGACGCCAAGUUCCACCAGGGUGAACUAGUAAAGGUCAAAGAGAAAAUUAUUUCCCACAUUCGCAAGCUCAUCUGUCAGGGAGACACUGUGCUCAAAGAGGCCACAGUCAACAUGUUUUACUACCAGCGGCAGCAGACAGAGACCGUCCCCCUCGGCUAUCACAACCUGGAGUUGACAUGCAGGUCACUGGAGCCCGGCGAGCCCUACCUGCUCUACGUCCUCAGCAAGCGUCGCCCCGAACAACCUCUCCAGACCUUUACCUUCCAGGAGUAUGUUCCUCAGUCCAAAGGAAACAAGCGAAAAACCAGCUUCCCUCUCGGCUCUCUGCCGGACUCUUCACCGACAGAUGAUAUCUUAAGACAACACAGCGAUGGCAGAAGAACAGGGUACAGUGACAGUGAGAGUUUUGGAGGCAGUUUGGAAUCUCUGUCCAGCCCUGCUCACACUAAUUGGAGGCUGCCUAAAACCGCAUCCACUUUGACAGUGUCAUCAGACGACAUGGACGAACGGGAUAUGGCGUCAGAAUCAGAAUGCAUUGAUAGUCAGCCCGUCAAGGUGCGCACGAUUUCACGAGCUGCGCUGACACACCGACUCAAGAAGUUGAAGAGCAAGAUGGUCAAAUGCAAGCAGUGUGAGAACUACAUUGUUGUCAAUGGGGUCGAAUGUGAGGAGUGUGGGCUGGCUUUGCACAGGAAGUGCAUGGAGGUGUAUCAGCUGGAGUGUGAGAACAGGAAGGGGACUGUGUUCGGAGUGGACCUCUCUCUGCUGCCUCAUGACGGGCUGGGCGAUGCGCCCUUUGUGGUUCUGCUCUGCACGUCUGAGAUAGAGAGCCGGGCUCUCUCGGUCCAGGGGGUGUAUCGUGUGAGCGGGUCCAAACCCCGCAUCCAGAAGCUCUGUCAGUCCUUUGAGAUACAUAAAGAGCAGGUGGACCUCUCUGAACAUUCCCCGCAUGACAUCACCUCCAUCCUUAAGCACUUCUUCAAGGAGCUCCCAGAGCCCUUACUAACCUUUGACCUGUACAAUAACUUCAUCACGAUGGGGAAGACCAUUCAGCACAUGAACGAAAGGGAGCCAGACACUAACGAGACAAUGGACAUCAUUCUCAGCCUGCAAAAGCUACUACAUAAACUCCCUCCAUAUUACUACAUCACCUUGCGGCACAUGAUAUCUCACCUGCAAAAAGUUUCAGAGAACUACGAGAACAAAAUGUCAGCGAGCAACUUGGGUAUUGUGUUUGGGCCGACACUAUUGCGCCCUCUUGUGUCCACGGACAUGUCCAUGGUCGCCCUGCUGGAAACCAGCUACCAGGCUGUACUUGUGGAGUUCCUCAUCACACACCACGACAAGGUUUUCGGCCUUCAGCGGAGGCCCAGUACGCCCCCUCCCCCAGCCCCCACUGCACCUCUCCCAGAAACCCCUCCCAAAGCUUCCAGUGCCCUCGAUGGGGAAGUUUACACCAGCUCGGAACAUGAAACCUCCUCCAGAGAGCGGCCACGCUCACUAGAAAGUCGAACAAUCAAGAGAGAGUCAAGCGAGGGUUAUGUAUCUGACAAGUCUUCAUCCAAUGAGGCAGUGGACCAGCUCAGCCCUGAGGCCAAUGAGAGAGCAGUCCUGGCUAUGAGAGGGGCAUCAAGCGGUCCUCAGGGUGAGCCGAUGGGGGAACCAGACUCCGAUUUGGGGACCCAGCCACACUAUCGCUUCACCAGACAGCCUGUGAAGUAUUACCGGCAUCAAAACCCAGGAAUCCGACCCCCCAACCCAGGUUGUGCAGCCAGACAGCCCGAGGCCCCAGCAACAGGAUGUCCAGGGAGCGCAGACAGCAGCCGCAGCUCUUCUCCAGAACCAGGGACACAGAGACUUUCCCAAAACGUAGGCGUCCACUUUGAGAACACCCUCCAGCCGCACCAGGCCACUGCAGAGAAUACAGCGGACGUCCCACUGAGUCCACGCGAGGUUGUACAGUACAUGCUGGGACUGGACUCAAUGUUUACAUCAUCUUUAACUACGACAUCCUCCAGUACAACACAGGAGUCUCCUCAGGAGGGGGCAUCUGGGAGUCAAAGCAUAAAUCCGUCCAAUAACAGACAGCGUGCUGGACAGAUUCUCGGUCAAUCAUCAAAUACACUUCCUGUUGAGCGCAAGCUGACCUCACCAUCACAGAAGAUCCUGUCUGGCCUGAAGCUGAGACGCAGCCACUCAGAGAAAGACGAGCAGCUGUUUGUCUGAGGAGAGAUAGAAAUCUCCAGACAGUUCACUGAAAUACAUUCACACACGCUGGAAGAUGUAGAAUAGUUUAUAUCUCCUUUAUUGUGUGUAAAGACUAUCAAGAUAAAUGCCAUUUUUUAUUAAUGAAAUGCUUUCAUAUUUUACACACACAUAUCUAUGCCCAAAAAUGUAACUGUCUUCAAAAAAGGACUGGUGAAAGUUCAGUUACCUUCAAAUUAAAUGCUUCAACCUCAUAUUUGAGUCACUCUUUAAAGACACACGUUUGAAAAGUUUAGACUUGACGCUUACUUAUUAUUAAUGUUCUUUAAGAUUAUGAUCCAUUGACCAUUUAGCUUUCUAAUAUCCACAACAGGCGAGAGAGGUGUUCAGCAGUUCGUUUUUUAAUGUAUAUAUUAUGUAUUUGAAUGUAACAACCAGGUGGUUUGAAGUUGCAGGUUAAGCGUUGCAAACUAGCAUAUAAGUAUCAAGUUUAAGUUUUUGUGCUCAACAAACUACAAAGAGAUGCAGCUAAAUACAAAUGCCAUCAAGUGUUGUAUUUUUAAGAUAAUAUUGUUGAUCUAUGAUUGAUAAGAUUGAUAUAUUUGUUGUGUUUUUUUAAUGUUUUAUAUGCUCCAGAUGGAAAAGACAUGCUUUUGUUGGAGUCACAGUGAAGUCAUCUUAACACUGAUAUAAUGUUAUCAUGUUUCAUGCACCUUUUCUGUUUUGACACAGGAGGGCGGUGUUCUCCCAGUGUGGGUGGAAAACAUGCCAGACACAAUAGAGGAAGGGCAAUAAACCGCUUAUUUUUAAUUGCA